AUGAGGUGCAAGAAACAUCUUGCCGACUUGAGUAGCGGCGUUGGCGUGUGUGCCACUUGUCUCCGGGAGCGUCUUCUGGAGCUCAUCGCGGCUCAGGUGCAGGCUCAGGCGCAAGCCCAACAGGCUCAAUUAGCGCGCGCUGCCGUUGAAGAUGGUCGGAAACAUGACCCUCCGCCGCUGAUUUUCCCUCGGUCUGUUUCUCCUUAUGUCAGUCGGCGGAAAUCUGAUGAUAAUAGUGCCACGUGGAUCCACAAUCAACGGUUCUACAGCACUCCUCAGGUGGGCCCAACUUACAGCACCACAUCCACCACCUAUUUUGAAGCCACCAGAUCGUUCAAAAAGAAGAACAGGUUCUCGCUUUUUUCGAAUCUGUUCAGGUCGAGAUCCGAGAAGUUCAAUUCCGAUCCUAGGGUUCAUUUUCAUCGGGAAUCGUGCGACGAGCCUUCCACAUCAUCGGCAUCCCCGUCAUGGUUCGCAGCAAUCUUUCCCGUUCGUCGGAAAAAGCAGCAAUCAUCGAAGACAUCUCGCGUGGAUCAAUUUGAGCAAUUCGGUCCCGGCGAUCGGAGAUCAUGUAGAAUCAUAGAUCGGGGAAUGUCGCCAGCGAUUGAAGUGGAUUCAGGAGACGAGUGUGAUCAACCGCCAUCUGGAGCCUCGCCGGAGGCAUCGCCGCGAUGGAAAAUGACACCGACGGCAGCGAGGAGACCGAGGGGCGGGACGAGGAACAACAUUUCGGGAUUAGCGUUUUGCUUAAGCCCACUCAUGAGGCCGAGCCCGAACACGCACUGGAACCAGAAGGGCGGAUUGCCACCGGACAUGUCGUUCAGCGGAGAAUCUCGACCGUCGACGAAGAAGCCCCAUCUGGCGAGCGCCGCAGGAUUCCACGCGAAUCGGUCCAGGAAGCUUGCUGAUUUUGGCAGGGUCAAUCGUAACCGUUGA